UUAUGGGAAGCUAAUCAGGAAGCUAUUAAAGCAGAGGAAGCGUUAUAUAUACCUAAUAUUAAUGCUCGUUCAUUAUUAAAAUCGAAUAUUGACACUGUGGAUUUAUUAAAGGAUAAUACAACUUUAUUUGCGGUAUACUUCAAUCGAUUUGGAGAAAAUCAUGUCAAAAGUUAUAUCGAACCUUUUCUUGCAGAAUUCUCUAAUAAACCAAAAAUACAACUAAUGCAGUUGAACGUUGAGACAAAUAUCUUAAAAUCGUUGAUUCUUAAAUUGUUCAUUCCAAGCAUUCGUAGCGCAAUUCCUCAAUCACUUCACAAAACUUAUCUCUUCCACUUCCGAAAUGAUCAAACUUUACACGAAGCUUUGAAUAUACGUAAUUCUUAUAGAGGAUAUGUUUUUGUGAUAGAUGCAGAUUGUAAAAUAAGAUGGUUUGCACACGGUGAUGCUACCCAAAAAGAAAUUGAGACAAUGUUAAAGAUAAUCAAGAAUCUUGGUAAUCUUGAUGAAUGA